AUGUUGCCCCCAACCUACACCACCCCCACAAAGCUCGUGGAUGCCCUCCCCCUCGGCAUCGCGUCCAUGAACCUCGGCCGCGCCGCCUUCCACGAGCUCGAGCCCAAGCUCUCGGCCGCCGCCGCCGCCGGCUUCAAGGGCAUCGAGGUCUUCUACGAAGACAUCAAGAUCCCUGCGCGCCGCGCCCUCGCCGCCGACCCCACCACCACAUUCCAGGAGCAGCUCCUCAUCUCCGCGCAGAACUUCCGCGACCUGUGCGACAAGUACAAUCUCACCAUCUUUGUGUUCCAGCCCUUCAAGAACUACGACGGGCUGCUGUCGCAGAAGCGCCAUGACGAGAAGAUCGAGAAGCUGAAGCACUGGUUCAAGCUGGCGAAGAUCCUGAGGACCGACACGAUCCAGAUCCCGUCCAUGUUCCACCAGGACCCGAUGGUCGCGACGGGCGAUAUGGACAAGAUUGUGGCCGACUUGGUAGAGGUGGCAGAUUUGGGUGCGAAGGAGAGCCCGCCGAUCAGGUUUGCGUAUGAGAUUAUGGCAUGGGGCGCGCACGUCGACCGGUGGCAGCAGGCGUGGAAGAUCACGCAGGCGGUCAACCGCGACAACUUUGGUAUGUGUCUCGACACGUACCAGAUUCUUGCAAACAUCUGGGCCGACUGCACCUCUGAGAGCGGUGUCCUGCCCAACGCGGACAAGAUCUUGCAGGCCGACAUUGACGAGUUUCUGCGCGAGGUGCCGCUCGAGAAGGUGUACUACGUUCAGCUCGCAGACGCCGCAAAGAUGUCGCCGCCGCUGUCGGCAUCCCAUGAGUGGUACGACCCCAAGCAGAAGUGGGUCAUGACCUGGUCGAGGAAUGCGAGGUUGUUCCCCUUCGAGGAGGACAGGGGCGGUUACCUCCCGGUGUUGAAGAUGCUCGAGGCGUGGAUCUUUGACUGGGGCUACAGGGGGUGGGUUUCCAUGGAAUUGUUCAACAGGAGCAUGAUGGACCCUUCGCCGUCGGUGCCAAAGGACCAUGCUGAUCGUGGUGUGGCAUCGUGGAACAAGUGCAUCAAGGCGUUGAAGCUGGAUGAGAGGGAUGCGUAG